AUGAGUACAAAUAAUAAUUUCGUAAGCCAUUGCAUAUGCACAUACCUAUUCAGCCUUCCCCCGAAUCUACACAAAUUACCAAUACAACUGAUAACAUAGACUACUUCGACAUUUCAGAUGAGAGCAAUUACUAUUUAAUUUCCCAGUUAAGACCACAUUUUUCUAAUAUAUACUUUUUCGAUGAAUUUAAACGUUACGCAUCAUAUCACACAGAAAUCAAACGUUAUGAGGACAUACAUAAGACAAAAGUUAAUUCCCUUUUGAACGAAGCAUCCAGAGCAAUCGGCAUUUGUAACAGGGCAAAAAAUACAGUGAAGGGGUUAAUAAAUAUUUUAGAGAAUCCCCAAAAGUUUAAAACGCAAAGAGAAUCAUAUGAUGUAAAACUUCGCCAAUAUGAAGAAAAAAAGGAAGCAUUUAGGGGAUGCUUACUAAAUAAAAAUCGGAAGAAUUUGGAUCAAAUAAAAAAAAUAAAUAACGAAAUUCGUGAUCUGCUAGAAAAACUGAAAUGCUCACAGGACUGUCAAACUAAUGUAUAUUUUGACAUGAUUAAAAUAUACUUGGUAGAUUUUAAAAAAAUGCCUUACGAAAAUUAUGACACUUUUAUAAAACAGUAUAAAAAUUCUUACCUUUCUGGUGUUGAUAUGAUAAGGAAAAUUGAAAAACAAAUAGACAACCCAGUUACCAUAAAUGCGAUAAAAUUCACUCAAAAGGAGAUGGGAUACAUUAUAGACAGAUUUGAAUAUCACCUGCAAAAAGUGAAACAUUCCAUUGAUCAAGUGACAGCAUUGUCCGACGGGGUUAAACCAAAACAGGUCACUAAAAAUCGUCUUAAAGAGUACUACUUUAAUAUAGGUAACUACUACUCCAUUUUUAAAUUCGGCAAAGAUAGUCUCAAUAUGUUGAAUAAAGCAUUAAUACAUAAAGAAAAAAUAGUCCACAACUUACUUGGUGAAUUAUUUGGCCAUUUAGAAGAGAGAAUAUCUAAACUUAUAGAUUCAGAGUACUUCAUAACAGAAAGUAAUAACAUCAUUUCACAAUCCGAAGAAACUUUAAAACUUGCGGAAGACGUAUAUGAUAAAAACACCAAACUGAUAGAGGACCUUACACUGUAUCCACACUUAGAAAUUAACGAAUUCAAAAAAGACUACGACAACAAUGUGGAAGAUUUGAGAGAAUCUAUCAUCUACAUACAAUCAUACGUCUCAUCUAUUAAAAGUGCGUAUAGAUAUAAUGUGUUAGAAAAGGACUCUGUAGAAAGUAAACAAAAGAACAUACCAGCUAACAGUAAUGCCCAGAAGAAAGUCGAUGAGCUGUUGAGCAUUAUAGAUAGCAUAAGUUAUAGCAAUUUUUCCGUAGCCGAGAAUUUUCAAAAAAUGAAAGAUUACUAUAAAGAAAUCGAAAAAUUAAAAAUCAAAAUACUGCAAUUAAUAGAAGCCAUUAAAAAAUACCAACAACAUGUGGAAGAAUUAAUCAACAAGGAAAAAGCAGUUGCGAUUCUCAAAGAAGAUAUAAAUAAAAUAAUAGAAUAUAUAAAAGGAAUAAUAGAAAAAUUGAAACAACUAAUUUCUGCGAAUAAAGAUUUUGAUAAAAUUUUCCAGCAAGUUGAACAAUUAAUUAACGAAGCGCUUUUUAACAAAGACCAAUUUGAACAUAAUAAAAAUGACUUACACACCAAAAUGAAAGAAAUAAUGCAUACAUUUCACGAGCGUGAUUUACAACAAUUUUUGGACAAUAUGUCGAAAUUUUUAAAGGACCAAGAAGCUUCCUACCAAAAUGCAGACAGUAAGGAAAAGCUUGACCAACUGCUAACAACAGUAAAGGCAAAACAAGAUGAACUUAAAGAGAUGAAAUGCGAUGACAUUCCAGACAUAAUCGACAAUUUGAAAAAAGAAUCGCAAAAUGUUUUAAAUCUAAAAGAUGAGGUCAUAAAUAAACAGUUUGAAAAUAUGCGCACAGAAAUGUCAAGUUCAUUGGAUCAAAUGACCAAAGAGUAUAACGCUCUCAAAAGCAGCAUAGAGGAAUACGAAGCGGAAAAAAAAGGAAUAGAAAACCAUAAACAAAAUAUAAUUAAAAGAAAAAAUACAUUCAUCGUUGCUGAACAUGAAAAUGAUGAAGAUGUGCCGGAAGGGAAAAAUACCUACAACGAGUUUAUAAGCAAUAAGGACACAAUUUUGCAAAAAGAAAGCGCAAUUAGCAACCAGAUGAACACAUUAGAGGAAAAAAAAAGAAAUAGAAAAACUACGUUACAAACAUAUGGUGACGCAAUACAAAAAUUAGAAACGUACACUGAAAAGAAGGAUGAAGAAACUAAAGUGCUGCUAGACAAGUUUAACACCGAAGUGGAAAACUUCAAACUAGAUGAAGAUGAAAAAUCAUUUAACGAUGCCAAAAGUAUUGUCAGUAACACAAUAAAUGAAGUCGAAAAUGAAAACAAAAAUAUAGACUCCAUUAAGAAAGUGAAUAUUGCAAUGAAACGCUCCAGAAGUAACCAACAAUCCGUUGAACAGCUAAUCAGAAAUAAGGAUAAUCUUCUAAAAGAAAAAAUGGAAAAACACUUUCAAAAAAUAAACACAGAUGAAAUAAUAGGACAAAGUGCCAAGGCAAACUUGCUAAACAAUCUAGAGAGCGAAAAAGCUAUCAUAAACGAACAGUUAAAUGACGCUCAUUUGAAUGACCUAAAAUUGCAGAUAGAAAAAACUCUAAGUUAUUGUGAAAAAUCAAGGGAAAAUAUUAAAGGAAAUAAUGGAACACAUCCAGAAGAAUUAAACGCAAGCGAAAUUGAGUGGGAAGCUACGAAAGGAAAAAUAGAAACACUAAACAGUAAUUAUCAAGCGUUAAACAAAAACAUGGAUGAUAUAAUCAAUAAGCAGCACGAUGAAAUGAUAGUGCUCAUUGAUAGAGAUAUAAAGGAGAAGGGAAAAGACAUCGAGCUUAAAGUUGAGCAACGUAUACAGGCGCUCGAAAAAAUGAAAGCAAAAUUGUCCUCAUUUGAUACCAAUGAGGAUGUUAAAAAAUACCAAAGUGACAUAAAUAAAGAAGAACUCAUAAAAUUAAAAGAAAUGUCCACUGCAGUCCUAAACAAAAUUGAUCAAAAUAAAAAUCAAUUGAUUAACGUAAAGACAAAAUCCAGUGGCUACGUCGCAGAAUCGAAUGGAAUAAAAAAUAAACAAACCGAACCGAGUCAAGAGAAAGACAAGCAAAUUGUGUACAACACAAAUAGGGGUGACAUCGAAAAAGUUUAUAAAAACAUUAGAGACAUGUACAACGAACUGGAUGAUGUCGAAAAGGAAGAAACCACCUCAAACGAAGUAGACAACAUAGAAAUGCAGUAUGACAGACUUUUAAUCAAUUUGCUUGUUCAAAAGAUCAACGAAGAAAACACAAAGGCGAAGGGACUCAUGGAAGAAAUUAAAUCAUACAUAGAAAAUAUUGAAAGUGUACAGGCCAAAAUGUCAGAUGAAACGCGAGAAGGCGCAACUGAGUUUGAGUUUAAUCAAUAUCAGCAGAGCAGUUUAGCCAAUGAUAAAAAAAUUACCGAAAUUGUUCAACAUGCUAUAAAUAAGAAGGGAGAAGCAGAAAGAAGUAAAAAAACGAAUGAAGUAAAAUCCAUCAAAAAUGACGUUAACACUUACAUGCAACAAGUUAUAGAUGAAUAUAACGCUAUGCAAAAGGCGUUAGGGGAUAUUAAAAAUGUGAACGAUUUAUUAAUAUCAACCAGUGGUAGAAGAAUCGCUGAAGAAAUAUCGAAGAGCACUAACGAAGCUGAGAAUUUUGAAAAGCAAGCAAAAGGAGAAUUAGGAAAAAUAAAUGAUAUAAUUGAAAAAAUGGAAAAUCAAAUGGUUCAGGCAAAGGAACACGAAAAUAAAAUUCAUAUAAACUUAGAGGAUAAACAAAUAGAUGAAGAAGUGCAAAAAAUUAGACAAAUUCAUGAAGAACUUAUAAAUACGAAAAUUGCAAUGAAUGAACAUUUAAGUAAGACAAAAGCCGCUAAAGAAAAUUGCCUUUCCCAAGUCCGUAAUGCCGAGAGGGGGAAAAUUAAAAUAGAUUUUCUCAAUAAUAACAAACAAAGUAGCAAUUUGAAAGACGUCAAUAUGGAUCAUGUAACUAAAAAUAUUGCCGACUGUGUGGAACACUCAAAAGAAGUUAAUAAAACUGAAAACGAAGCUGAAAAGGAACAUGACCUAUUCCUAGAAUAUGAAAAAGAUAUUACCAGCAUAUUAAACAGAUCCUCAAUUUUAGGAAUAGAAACAAAAUCGAAAAAAAGAAAAAACGAAGCUACCAAAAUAAUGGGCCAAAUUGAGGGGGAACAUUCUAUAAUUAAAACGGAACUUCAACAAUCUUCAGAAAAUUUUAAACAACUGAAUGAAAAAUAUAACCUUAGCGAAGAAAAAAGUAUGCUUGCCAAUCCCACAUCCACCAAAGCAAAUGAGUCCAUACAGUAUAACAUAGGCAAGGUGAAACAAAAUUUGUUAUACAUAGACAAUAUAGCGAAAGAAGUAGACACUAUUUUAACUAACGCACAAGAUUCAAUUAGAUCAAUAUCGCAGAUUUCCAAACUAGACGGAAGGAAUACACUACAAAUGGUGGAAAAGGAAGCAGCAGAUUAUGUAAAAUAUUUAGACAAAAUAACCAAAGAGAAGGAACUAAUGAAUGAUAAACACAAAGACCUCAAUCCCAUAAAGUCCGAUAUUGCAAAUAUAGAAACAGAAUUGAAAAAGCAUAGGAAACUUUUCGAAAUAGGACUUUUGAAUAAGGUUAUCGAGAUAGCUAAAACGAGAAAAUUGUACAUGGAUUCAGUGGAACAGCUCCUAAAUUCCUCCAUCAAUAAUUUUGUUACCCUCUUUAAUGGGUUCAAUUUAAAAAAAUAUAAAAUUGAAACCAGUUUAGACGUUUAUAAAGGAAAAAUAAGUGAAUUCCACACUGAAUUCCUUCAGCCAUACGAAUCAAUUCAAAAUAAGGAAAAACGCGUACUGGACCCUUCGGUAGAUUUUAGUGCAGCAAAAAAUAUGCGAGAAGAAGCUCAAAAGGAGGAAAAAAAUAUCGAAAAUGUAGAAAAAAAGACAAAAAAAUAUCUAAGCGAUAUUAACAAAAUGGAAUCCUUUACAUUCAUACGUAAUAUGAGACAAACUUUGGAUGAACUAAGCAAAACAUGCAAACAGGAAUACGCAGAAGUCGAGGGAGGUCACAAAGACAUUGAAAAAAUCAUAGAAGAUAUUAAGAGCCUAAACGAUGAAAGUGGCUCGUCAGCUAAAUUACAACAAGCAGAGGAUAAAAAUAGCCAAAUGAAAGCCAAAGUGAAUCAUUAUUCACUUAAGAAAGAGGCACACACUAUAUUAGAACAAAUUGUCAAAUCAGCCAAUUUUGUAGGCAUUACAAUAGUGACAGCGUUACAGCCAUCAGAUUUAGCUGCUAAAGCGAGUUUGCAAAAAGCACCAGAAUUGCAGUUUGAAUCCCAAUCCAAAGUAACACUAGAAAGCGGACAAUUCUUAGAAAAAAAAAACCAAUUGGAUGUCCACGAAAAUGUGCAAGCCGCCUACAAUACCGUUCUUCAGAUAUACAAAUAUUCAGAUGAUAUAGUAAGGAAGCAGGAAAAAUGCGAACAAUUAGUAAAAGACGGAAAAGAUAUAUGCCUUAAAUUCAAAUCAAUAAACGAAAUUAAAGUUAUGAUUCAAAAUAGUAAGGGAAAAGAAAGCACCCUUUCAGCCAAAGUGAGUCACUCCUUUAACAAGCUAAGUGAGCUAAACAAAAUUAAGUGCAAUGAUGAAAGUUACGAUGCCAUUUUGGAAACACCCAGUAGGGAAGAACUAAACAAACUAAGGAGCACAUUUAAACAAGAGAAAGACACCAUCGCAAACCAAGCAAAAUUGAGUGGCUAUAAAACAGAUUUCGAAACUCACAUUGGAAAAUUAAAUGACUUAGCCAAAAUAGUGGACAACUUAAAAGCCAGCGAAACUCUUCCAAAAAAUAUAGAAGAAAAAAAAACGUCCAUCAACCUAAUUUCAACCAAAUUGGAAACCAUCGAAAAGGAAAUUGAAAGUAUUAAUUCCUCCUUUGAUCAGUUGCUCGAGAAAGGAAAGAAGUGCGAAAUGACGAAGUACAAAUUGGUAAGGGAUAGCCUAAGCACUAAAAUAAAUGACCAUUCUGCAAUCAUUAAGGACAACCAAAAAAAAGCCACUGAAUAUUUAACGUACAUUCAAAAUAAUCACAUUUCCAUAUUUAAAGACAUUGAUAUGCUAAAUGAAAACCUGGGUGAAAAAUCCGUAAGUAGGUAUGCCAUAGCCAAAAUCGAAGAAGCAAAUGAUCUUUCCGCACAACUAACCGCUGCAGUUAGUGAAUACGAAGCGAUAGCUAAUUCUAUUAGAAAAGAAUUUACAAAUAUAAGUGACCACACCGAAAUGGACACUCUUGAAAAUGAGGCAAAAAUGUUGAAAGAACAUUAUGACAAUCUAAUAAAUAAAAAAAACAUCAUAACAGAAUUACAUAACAAAAUUAAUUUAAUUAAACUGCUUGAAAUAAGAGCCACCUCUGAUAAAUACGUCGAUAUAGCUGAACUGCUUGGCGAAGUAGUAAAGGAUCAAAAAAAAAAGUUACAAGAAGCAAAAAAUAAACUGGACACGCUUAAAGACCAUAUAGCAGUUAAAGAAAAGGAGUUAAUCAACCAUGACAGCUCCUUCACCCUAGUGUCCAUUAAAGCGUUCGACGAAAUAUAUGAUGACAUUAAAUAUAAUGUAGGCCAAUUGCACACAUUAGAAGUAACUAACUUUGAUGAACUUAAAAAAGGUAAAACGUAUGAAGAAAAUGUUACCCAUUUAUUAAACAGAAGGGAAACCUUACAGAAUGAUCUCCACAAUUAUGAAGAAAAAGACAAACUGAAAAAUACAAAUAUAGAAAUGUCAAAUGAAGAAAACAACCAAAUAAGACAAACCAGUGAAGUAAUAAAAAAAUUAGAAAGCGAAUUUCAAAACUUGCUAAAAAUUAUUCAACAAAGUAACACGCUAUGCAGUAAUGAUAAUAUAAAACAGUUCAUUUCUGAUAUUCUAAAAAAAGUGGAAACUAUUAGAGAAAGGUUUGUCAAGAAUUUCCCCGAGAGAGAGAAGUACCAUCAAAUAGAAAUCAACUACAACGAAAUUAAAGGCAUUGUUAAAGAAGUAGAUACAAAUCCAGAAAUAAGCAUAUUUACUGAAAAAAUAAAUACAUAUAUACGGCAAAAAAUUAGAAGCGCUCACCAUUUGGAAGAUGCCCAAAAAAUAAAAGACAUAAUAGAAGAUGUUACAAGUAACUAUAGAAAAAUAAAAAGUAAACUCUCUCAAGUUAAUAACGCUUUAGAUAGAAUUAAAAUAAAGAAAAGUGAGAUGGAUACCCUAUUUGAAUCAUUGUCCAAAGAAAAUGCCAAUAAUUAUAAUUCCGCAAAAUAUUUUUUAGUCGAUUCGGAUAAAAUAAUUAAGCAUUUAGAAGACCAAGUUAGCAAAAUGUCAAGCUUAAUAAGUUACGCCGAAAGGGAAAUAAAAGAAUUAGAAGAAAAAGUGUAUAGCAUAUUAAAUCGACCUGUUAUUGAUAACUCCGCUUCGGAGCAAAUCAAACUGUUAAGUGAUACCCAAGAGAACGAUACAGACGAAGCUCAAAAACGGGAAUUUGCUGAAGAACAAAUUCUGAAUUUACCUAAACAACAGAUACAUUCAGAUGAGGGCAACAAUAAUGAUAUGAGCACUACAGAUAGUGCAAAUGAAGAGAAACAAACUGGAGAGGAAGAAUCACAACAUGAGGAUCAGUCACAACCAAGGGGGAUACAUAGUCGAGUUCGCCUUGCAGAAGGAAUUAUUUUGGGAUUAUCUGUCUUUUCAGGUAUUAUUUUUAUCUCAUUCAGGCAUAAGGAUGAGGAAAAGAAAGACCCUGAAUCCGUCGGGGAACAAUUUGAAGGUAAUAACAAUUUUAAUGAAGACGAUAAGGAAGAAGUCAUAGACGUUUGCUUCGACAAUAGCGAUUAUUCUGAAUAG